AUGUCCGGCUCUUCCUAUCGCUUGCAGACACCACGCCCCCGCCGCCCUCCGUCGCCCCUCAACUUCGACGACAACUUCAAGCCCUCGUCCCUCAUUGGCAGUCUUCACGACUCGGAGACCCUCCUUUAUGAUCUGCCCCCAACCUCCAUGUCCCCACCACCCACCAGCCCCAGAUCGGCCGGGCGCAUCAUGUCCCCGUCCUCUCCUUCAUUUCCUGGACGCCCAAGAGCCACACGAAACGGCCGCCCGACCCCUCCUCCGAGUGCCCGCAAUAGAUCAACUACACCAUCAGGGGUCGCACCAAGCGACCUAGAGCAGUUUGCAGAACACUGUCGGGCCUGGUAUUAUUGUCAGGACGAUAAUGCAGGCCGCCUCAUGACCCAGACACUCGCAACACUUCCUCCAUCACAGCGUGCUCCCUUCUCUCGACUCCAGGCUUCCAUUCGAUCGGCAUACCACCGUUCUGUGAACAUCCGCCGGCAUGCUGAAUAUCAAGCCCAUCUCAGUGCUACCACCCCUGGCGCCUCUCUCAUGGCCCAUGCAAGAGCAGACCCUCGUGGAAAGGCCGCGCAGAAAGAACGCCACGAGCGGAUGGAUCGUUUCAUACGAAACUGGUGCACUGUGGGCAUGCCGGGGACCAAACCAUUUUUCGAGGCCCUGUGGGCCAUAAUGCGAUUGCAGGUCAUUCCAGAAACACUUGGGGGUGCAGGAAGAAAUAGAAUUGAAUGGGAGGUGGAUGAUGCCGUCUUCAAAGAAUCUGCUGGGAAGGACUUUAUGCUCGAGGCCAUCGACGUUCUCAAAGGGGUCCUUGCCUUCGAGGAAACACCUUCGUCAACGUCCCCACCAUUUUCUUUCGGCCACAGGAAGGGUGCAAGUUUACCCGUGGCACACUCCCGUGCGCAGUCGCAACCGCUGUCCUCCCAUCAAAAAACCUUUGAGCCCGAGUCUGCUACCCCAACCGUGCAGCCGAAACGCGCAAGAGCACCAAGUGAUCCAUUCCUGGACGCGCCCCAGCCGCGUUCGCUCGGAUUGUCUUCCAACUCACCCAACCCUGAAUCACUGUUCACAGGCACGGAGGCUGAAGAGCCGCCUCCAAACCCUCCGGGGCCUUUUCGAGACAUCCCAAUGCCAAUGCAGAUGACGCUGGACGACUAUGACGACGGCGAUGAGCAGUACCUCAGGGUGUGGACGUCGCCUGAUCUAACCGAUCCUGAACUGCUGGAGCUUCUCAAGCUGUUCCCCGCAUUCGUCUCCCGGCGCCCAUUACCCCGCUUCCCCGUCCCGCAUCCUCGACACAUGGACGUCGAGGAAGGCGAGGACGAGACCCUCGAGGGAAGAACGAUCAAUUUCGGGACGGGGACGAUGUGGGUCAGCUCCAAGCAACGCAGUGAUGCAUGGGAAGGAGGGUGGUGGUCACGGUUCAUGAUGUGGUGGCGGAGACUGUUUUGUUAG